CUUAUUUGUUUAAUCGUGCCAUUAUAUCACUAAAGCGAGCAAGUAGAAAUUUGUUUGCUUCAGUAGCAGGAUUCUGCUAUAAGGUUUCUCUUCCUCUUGCCCACUCUUCUUCUUCUUCUUACCUGUAACUCGUGCAAGAAAAGAUGAUGAGUGGGAGAAGCAGUUCAAGGUACCCCUUCACUGCUUCCCAAUGGCAGGAGUUGGAACACCAAGCUCUCAUCUUCAAGUACAUGGCUUCAGGCAUUCCCAUCCCUCAUGAUCUUAUCGUUCCUAUAAGAAGAAGCUUCCUUCUUGACUCCACUUCAACCUCACCUUCCCUUGCUUUCCCUCCCCACACGCAAUUGGGGUGGAGCUGCUUUCAAAUGGGAUAUGGGAGGAAAACAGAGGAUCCAGAGCCAGGGAGAUGCAGGAGAACAGAUGGAAAGAAAUGGAGAUGCUCAAAGGAGGCUUACCCAGAUUCCAAGUACUGUGAGAGGCACAUGCAUAGAGGAAAGAACCGUUCAAGAAAGCCUGUGGAAAUCUCUCUUGCUACUAAAACAAACCAUUCCUCUUCCACUUCUUCUGCACAAAUGUCUCCUUACUCAGCAAAUCUCUCAAUCUCCACUCCAGAGAUUUGCCACCAUUUGUGCCCUUACCCAAGCUCUUCAGUAACAUCUCCUUUUCAGUUAGAUUCGGCAAACUAUUCUGAUAGGGAAUACAGGCAGGGAGCAGAGAUCAGGCGGAGUUCAUCGGAGUUCAAACCUCAGUGGAUGAGCUCCAUGGCAAAAGCCAAGCAGAGCAACUACACUCUGUCUAAAGAGGAGGAGGAGGAGAGGCAGAGGCCUCUUCGCCAUUUCUUUGACGAGUGCCCAGAGAGGAACAAGGAGCAGUGGAUGGACAUGGAAGACGAGAGCAGCUCAUACACCAAGACUCAGCUCUCCAUCUCCUUCCCAAAAUGAUAGAGAUGACAUGGCGAAUGGGAGAAGAAGAAAAAGCUCCAAUGGUUGCUGCUUGCUGGGAUGAUUUUCACUGUCCAUUCACUGUUUUGAGUUCAGUUAUUUGUUUGUUUUUUUGCCAUGUUUAUUCUUCAGUUUCAGAGAGGAGGAGAGAGCUGCCUUUUUGAACUUUUUUAGGAGUAUAUUUUUCCUCUGCAAAUGUGUGGUUUUUGUUUGCUUUCUCUUGUCUCUGCUCAACUCUGUGCAGUCCUAAGUUGUAUGUUCUCUCUGUGUGACUAAAAUCUGCUGCAAAUCUCCUCCAAUGGGA